CGCGAGCGUGCCAAAACAACCGGUCCCACUUUCAGCAGAUCGUGAGUAAAUGAAGAGAAAUCAAAUGAAUGUUACUCUAAAAUUACUCCAAGAUUAGAAAAUUAACCCAAGGCCCAUUAAUUAGACUGACGUCCUGCUGAAAACAGAAGAAAUGUCUGUAUUCCCAAGCAUCUCUCUAAAGCCUGAAGUGACCGAAUACCUAAAAAGUAUCUUCUUAAACAACGAGGUGUUGGCAGCCGUGCAUCAUCAGCAGGCAGAGCGUCGUUUCCAGAAGCUGCUCACAUGUCUGUCUCACCCUCCUUCGUACACUUGUGUGCGAGCCAGCACUCACCUCGCUCCUCUGGAGGAGAUCAGGCAGAAGCUGGAAGAGGAGCUGAAGAAGCAGCAGAUGAGCAGCUCGUCCGCAGAUGAAGUUCAGAUUCUUCCUCACCCGCAAAUUACAGAUGUGCUGCUCCUUCCUGUCGUCGGGCCGAGGCCUGUAAAGCAGCUCAGCUCUGAGGUGGUGGUGGGAGCCCAGUGUGGCAGCGCCGUCCUGAGAGGAGCUCACGUCUUCGCCCCAGGGAUCCUCGCUAGCCCCAAGUACAUGAGGGCGGGCGAUGUUGUGUCCGUCUUCUCCGACUUGGAGGAAAAGUGCACCCGAGCAGCCAUAAGCUUCCAGGGGAACAAGGUGUUCGUGGGAAAUGGAGUCGCAGAAAUGGACCGCUCUCGCAUCUUCGGCGCAGGUGAAUCUCCCAGAGGUGUUGGUGUUCGGAUGGUGGAGCCACUUUAUCAGAGUCCUUCCUUUGAUGGCGUUCUUCCCAGCCUGGUCUUCCUGCAGAACCUCCCCUCUGUGGUCGUGGGACAUGUUCUCGGGCCUCGUCCCGGAGAGCGAAUCCUGGAUAUGUGUGCUGCGCCUGGAGGGAAGACCUGCCACAUCGCUGCACUCAUGAAGGAUCAGGGAGAAGUUGUGGCCUUGGAAAAAGUCCGAAAUAAGAUCGACCGCAUUCGUCAAAAUGCACAAGCGUUGCAGUUGAAAAGCAUCAAAGCUUAUUGCUUUAACAGCACUCAGGCUGUGAGCAGUGACCCAGCAAAGGAAACUGAAGGUCCUCCCUUCCCUCCCGAGAGCUUCGACCGGGUUCUCCUGGACGCUCCGUGCAGCGGCCUCGGGCAGAGACCCAUCAUGGCCUGUACCUGGGGCCUCAAAGAGAUCUGCUCCUACCAGCCGCUGCAGCGCAAGUUGUUUCACGCUGCGGUGCGCUUGUUGAAGGAAGGCGGGGUUUUAGUGUACAGCACCUGCACGGUGACUCUGGCUGAGAACGAGGAGCAGGUCGCCUGGGCUCUGGAAACCUUCCCCUGCCUCAAACUCCAGCCACAGGAGCCUCACAUCGGAGCAGAGGGCAUGCCGGGAGCCGGCCUGUCACCUGAGCAGCGUGGCCUCCUCCAGAGGUUCAGUCCUGAGCUGAGCUGGGACCAGACGGAGGCCGCCGCACCUCUCCCCCGCAGGGCCGACGGGGACACCAUCGGCUUUUUUAUUGCCAAGUUCCUGAAAACCUGACCCGGAGGGUUUUCUUGCAUCGCGCCGCCCUCAGAAGAGACUGCAAGACGGGAACAAUAGUGUUUAUGUUACGACACUCUGUGUGCUUUGAUGGGCCGGUGUUGACAAAGGACUCGCUGCGCUGUUUACAGCAUCUGCCUCUUAACAGCUGCUCUCUAAAA